AUAGAUUCACUAUUGAAUUAGUUCAUCACUUCUCAAGUCUUAUUGAUCAUGGCUUACUCUUCUUCAUCUUCUUCUUGGCCAUUCUUUUUCUUUCUUCUAGUAUCAUCGCUGUGCAUGUUUGGCAUGAACAUUAGUACAACAACUGCUCAGUUAUCUCCAAGUUUCUAUUCGAGCAGUUGCCCUAAUGUUCUCUUUACCAUCCAAAAUGCAGUACUGACUGCAAUUUCAAAUGAACCCAGAAUGGGAGCUUCUUUAUUGCGUCUACAUUUUCAUGACUGUUUCGUUAAUGGCUGUGAUGCAUCUAUUCUAUUGGAUGACACAUCGAGUUUCACAGGAGAAAAGACAGCAUUUCCGAAUGCAAAUUCAGUGAGAGGAUAUGAUAUUAUUGACACCAUAAAAGCCCAAGUGGAGGCACUCUGCCCUAAAAUUGUUUCUUGUGCUGACAUCCUUGCUGUUGCAGCUCGUGAUUCUGUUGCCGCUUUGGGUGGGCGUCCAUGGAUUGUACAAUUAGGAAGAAGAGAUGCCAAGACUGCGAGUAAGAAUGAUGCAAAUACCAACCUACCUCCUGCUACUCUUAGUCUCAGCGGUUUGAUUACUUCCUUCUCCAACAAAGGUUUUACUACCAAAGAAAUGGUUAUUCUCUCUGGAUCUCAUUCUAUUGGCCAAGCAAGAUGCACAACUUUUCGAAGUCGAAUCCACAAUGAAACCAACAUAGAUGCACCUUUUGCUACAUUACGGAAGACUAGUUGUCCUACAUCUGGAAAUGACAAUAAUCUUGCCCCACUUGACGCAACCCCAUUACUUUUCGAUAACACAUAUUAUAAGAAUUUGGUAAGCAAGAAAGGACUUCUUCAUUCAGACCAAGAACUCUUCAAUGGUGGUUCGACUGAUGCUCAAGUCACAGCUUACAGUAAUGACAACCCUACAUUCUUGACUGAUUUUGCUGUUGCCAUGGUGAAGAUGGGUAAUCUUAGCCCUCUAACAGGUAGUAAUGGCGAGAUUAGAACCAAUUGCAGGAAACUCAAUUAAGGAUUUUUGUAGUUCUGAUAAGUAAUUCUGUAUCAUUUAUCAUCAAAAUAAAGAGGAACUGUAUUCUCUUCGUCUCAUUGUAAGUUCAAUGGAUCAUAAAUAAGAUGAUUUAAACUUCAGAUUUCGUGUUUAAUAGAUCAUGUGCCAUUAAGGCUACAUAAAUGGUUGUCCUCGUACAAGAUAAAUUUACGCCCUUGCUUAUAUAUAACCAACCAGAAAAAGGAUCCACAAAGCUUAUGUGGUUCACUAAAGAGACAUCCUUAAUUGCUUUCGUGACUUCACCACGAGCUUAGCAACACCUUGACAUUGGAUAUCACGAGAUCCCCGUUUGAGCUUAAAUUCUAUCCAUACAAACUCGUCCAUAUUAUUGUUGCUGGAGUAGCUUUUCGAGUUAUAAAAUCGUUCGGUAUCUAUAUAACGACUUCAGUCCAAGAGGUAACAGGGAUACAUAUACUUUAAGAAGUUGCAGACUUCAUCCCUAAUUCACCAAGUGAUUCCCCAAAAUCCAUCUCUCCUUUGUUACUCUGAACCUACAUACUGUGAUAGUGUGAUCUGAAUUCUAUAUCGUGAGUCGUGACGUAAAUAUCAGCUAUUCCGAUAAAACAUCAGGAGUGACCAAAAAGUAGUUGAUCAAGUGGCCCCUAAUUUGCUUCUUGACCGCACCUAUCUUAAAUAUGCAUCAAUGCAUAUGUUACCCAGAAUGUGUCUCCUGACCAAAACCCAAUACACAGUCGCCCAGAUAUGCAUUAGAGACUUGGAGCGUUUACUUUGGAAUAACAUCCUGACCCGACAAAUCUGCUAUCGUUUGGAAAAAAAAAAUUUCGCAGCUAAUCAAAUAGUAAGAGAAGGUGAAAUUGGAGAUCAGUUUGACGGGAACUCUAUCUGCAACAAUUUGCGGACGACAACUAACCAGAUAAUUGUGGAAGGCAAAGAUCUUCCAAAGAAUAAACAUG